AUUGCGCGUGCGCGCUGCGCCGGACGCCCAGGCGGGAUAAUGGCGGCCGCUUGACGGGUGUCUCCCUCCUCUGGUGCGUUGUGUCUUUCCCGUCGUCGUCGAGAGAGCAGCGAAGACGUUGACACGGGGCGGUGAGGGGAGAGUAAGGCGUUUAGCGGCGGAUCCGGAAGGUGUGGAGUAUGUUAUUUGCGAGGAGCGGGGCGCCGGCCUUUGUUCGGUGUUGAAGUGAGAGGAACCGAGCGGCGGGCUGAGCCUCGCGUCAUGGCCGCCUUGGGCACCAUCAUGGGCGGCGUGAGGGAGAAGCUGGAGGCCGUUCUGAACGUGGCCUUGCGGGUGCCCAGCAUCAUGGUGCUGGAGAUGUUGUACCGGUGGGACGUGAGCUCCUUCUUCCAACAGAUCCAGUCCCGCAACCACAACAACCUGCUCUUCCAGUACAAGUACUUGGCACUCAACCUCCACUAUGUCGGUUAUAUAAUAAGUCUCGUUCUUCUAACCUUGCCAAGGCAGCACUUGGUCCAGCUGUAUCUGUAUGUUUUGACUGCACUACUUUUGUACGCUGGGCAUCAAAUUUCCAGGGACUUUGUGAGGGGUGAGAUAGAAUUUGGCCAUGAUGGACCUGUGUAUGAGGACCCUUUAUCUUUGAACCGUUUCACUACAGCUUUGAUAGGGCAACUGGUGGUGUGUACGCUGUGCUCCUUUGUGAUGAAGACGAAACAGAUCUGGCUAUUUUCUGCCCACCUUCUUCCCUUACUGGCACGUUUCUGCAUGGUUCCUGUGGAAAUGCUCAUUAUUAUCAACAGAUUUGCCAUGAUAUUCACCGGUCUGGAGGUGCUUUAUUUCCUGGCCUCAAACCUGCUGGUUCCAUACAAGCUCGCCAAAUCGGCAUAUAGGGAGCUGGUGCAGGUGGUAGAAGUUUAUGGCCUGUUGGCAUUAGGAAUGUCUCUGUGGAAUCAAUUGGUUGUCCCUGUGCUCUUCAUGGUUUUCUGGCUAGUCCUGUUUGCCCUUCAGAUCUACUCUUACUUCAGUACACGUGAUCACCCUACAUCUCGUGAGAGAUUACUCUUCCUCUUCCUUACAAGUAUUGCAGAAUGUUGCAGCACUCCUUAUUCUUUGCUGGGCCUCAUGUUCACAAUCUCCUUCAUUACUCUGGGUGUCCUCACACUUUGCAAAUUCUACCUUCAAGGUUAUGGUGCUUUCAUGAAUGACAAUCUAAUGCACAGAGGGAUGACUGAAGGUAUCACAUUGCUGAUCCUAGCUGUACAGACUGGUCUGAUUGAAUUACAGGUUGUGCAUCGAGCCUUUCUGCUGAGCAUCAUCCUCUUUAUUGUGGUAGCUUCCAUUCUUCAGUCAAUGUUGGAAAUUGCUGAUCCAAUUGUUCUAGCACUUGGAGCUUCAAGAAACAAGAGUCUGUGGAAACACUUUCGAGCGGUCAGUUUGUGUUUGUUUUUGCUGGUGUUUCCAGCGUACAUGGCCUACAUGAUUUCUCAGUUUUUCCAGAUGGACUUCUGGCUGCUUAUCAUCAUCUCCAGCAGUGUUCUGACUUCAUUGCAGGUACUUGGAACACUCUUCAUCUAUAUUCUUUUCAUGGUGGAGGAGUUCAGUAAGGAACCAAUGGAAAAUCUUGAUGACGUCAUCUAUUAUGUGAAUGGAACUUACCGCUUGCUUGAGUUCCUGGUGGCUUUAUGCGUUGUUGCGUAUGGAAUAGCAGAGACCAUAUUAGGAGAAUGGACUUGGAUGGGUUCAUCCAUCAUCUUUGUCCAUUCCUACUUCAAUGUCUGGCUUCGAGCACAGUUGGGAUGGAAGAGUUUUCUUCUCCGCAGGGAUGCAGCAAACAAGAUCAACUCGCUGCCAACUGCCACUAAAGAGCAGCUUGAAGUGCACAAUGACAUUUGUUCCAUCUGUUAUCAGGAUAUGCAUUCUGCCGUGAUUACACCAUGCAGCCAUUUUUUUCAUUCUGCGUGUCUCAAGAAGUGGCUAUACGUGCAAGAAACCUGCCCGUUGUGUCAUCAGCAGCUGAAAUCUCAAGUGCAGCCGAUUGGGGCAACACCACAGCAAGGGACAGGCGAGCAGUUGCCCCCUAAUGAGGGCAGAACAGAACAAGAAUUGGCCGGACAAGAUCAUGUGCCUCCUGGUCAAGUUUCAAAUCCACCUUUAGCUGCUGAAAAUGGGCCUUUGGGGCAUAACGAAGAGAGACAGAAGGAUCUAAAUACUGAUUGCCUUUCUCAUGGUGACCUCGGCACAGAUGGACCAGGACCUAGUCCAUGUCUACAAAAUGGAAAAGCUGAGUUUCCACUUCCAGCAGAACUUUGUGAGGGUGAAGAUCAGCAAUUGUCUACAAGACAACACAGUUCAAAUGAACAACACAUGGAGAUGUCAGAUUCCCAUGAAGCUGUGUUAUCCUUAACCUGCCAUGAUACUGCAGUGAUGUUAAAAUAAUGUUGGCAAUUGUUUUCAAUUUGAACUUGUCAAUUUAAACAGGAGGGGGAUAUAAGAUGCAUUUACAGAGAAACUGAAUGUAAUGUUCUCACAAGCAGGUCUGGAGACAUUUUCUAAGAAGGGAGCUAGUGAUUUUGUUGCCACAUCUUUACAGUAUUAGACAGCCAUGACAGAAUGGAGAGGAUGUUUUUGUUAGAUCUUUUGUAGGCAUGAAAUAAUUAGAUUGACUGGCGUAUUAUAUUUAUAUAUAAUUAGAAGCUUUAAGCAUGGUUAGAGUCACAUGCUGCAAGCAGACAUUUUAAUAAAAAAAACAGUUUUGUAGCUCUAUAUUCAACAACUGUAAAGGCACUGUCAUAGUUUAUAGUGCAUUUCCAAAGUAUUUAGUAAGUACCUGAUGAAUGGUGCGUGAAUAACUUUGGUUUCUCUUUACCUGCUCAAUGAAGUAGACUGGAGCUUUUAUGAACACUAUGAUUCCUUUGGUUUCUUGAAGGGUCAUAAGUGGGAUGAACUUCAGCAUACAGAUGAGGGCAGAGUUGCACGAUAACUAUGGCACAUUUGAAUUCUGAAACCUGAGGGGUACAGUAUUUUCCAUUUAAGUUAUGAUUUGUGGAAAUGAUUACAUUAACUUGUAUGAUGAAACACAGCAUAGAAAGCCAUUUUGUAGCUGACCGGUUUUGCACAGUUUUCUUUUUGGAAGAAGUGAAUACUGAUGCAUUUUCUUAAUUCAUCAUGGCGUAAGCAGGUAGGCUCACUUCCGAUUUUACCUUACCGUGUGCAUUUAAACGGAAAAGGUAAACUUUUUUUAAUUAACAGUGAGUGACCCAGAGAAAGGGGAGUCUUACUCUGUAGCUUUUGGAAGUUGGCAUUCCUAAUGUGAACCAUUUGUGAACAAGCAAGCUGGUGUUGAAUAAUAAAUGAAAUCAUGGAUAGAAUCAUUCUGACCCAGUUCCUCAGGGACUUUAUUUUGAGAAUGUGUAUGUCUGAAUAAAUGCGCCAAAUGCACUGAU